CGCCGUCCACAGCACCAUGUCCACGUACGCGCCAUCGACAAGCACCGCAUCGAGUCGUAGCCGCAGCGGCAGCCGCAUCUUCACGGCCUCAGUCGAGGGCAGCACGAACCCGACAUCCGGGCACACAGGCUACUCGUACGCAGGCAAAGGCGUGGCCAUCAUCAACCGCACUCCGUCGCUGCUAGCGUCGAGGGGCUCCGACGCGGGCACUGCGGCAGGCUCGGCCGCCGAGGCCGAGAAAGGCCUGGCCCUGUCGUGUGUGGGGAGCUGGGCGGACCCGGAACUCGAGCCUAGACGGUACGCCGUGCAGCGCCGCGGCGACGAGGCACGCCGCAAGAAGCCGGAAGUCGUGGUCCAUGACUCCCGGCUGAGGCUGCGCGGAGGCGCCCCGGAUGGCUUUGCUGCUGAGCCAGAGACUGGCACGGACACGAACAUGCCGUCCCGCAACGACGUAGCCAACAUCGAAGCCGGCCUAGGGGGGCAGCAGCGGCAACGCGCCGUCGACAACCGGCUUGUCGUGCCCCCAGGCGUGCGAGCCUGGUCCGUGGUCAUUAUACUUUUAUUCGUCGUCAGCGUCCUUUUCGAGUUUGCCGGCCUGAUAUACCUCGUCAUGAAAGAGGACAGUAACCCCUUUCUCGUGCGCAAGCAAGCGCUUUUCACGCUGAUGACCGUGCUCAGCGGCACCGUCAUCGUCAUGAUCACGAUCGGGCAAGCGUUGCGCGACAUCCUGCACGUGCUGCUGCUGGAGGCUCUCAUAUACCCCAUCGUUCUGUUCCACCUGCUGGACUUCCAGGGCCUGUUGUUCCCGUAAACCACGCUUGUGGGUUGGAGCCUGCCGCUGCGGAUGGUGAAGACGGUCGUGUUUACUGUAUACGCUACGAGGCUGAGGC